AUGGCCAUGGACCACAGAGUGUACACUUGGCGAUUUGAAUUCAAACUUGGCGGUCUCUUGGCGCCCGCACGGCGAACCACGCGGCUCCCCGGUGACGUGGUGAGAAGUUCUGUAUUAAGCUUUUAUGAAAGGAAGGAGGUCCCUACACUGCAGAAGAUACAAGAAGAAUUGAAGGAAAAUAUAUCAUUCAAUGGAUGUAUUGAGUCACUACGGAAGAUUCUGAAGAGAAUUGGAUUCACAUAUGGAAAGGUGGAUGGGCGAAAAUUCCUUAUGGAAAGAAAUGACAUUGCAAAUGCUCGAACGCAAUUCUUACGGGAAAGGCGCCGACACAAACAUCCUGCCAAGAAAAUCGUAUACCUGGAUGAGACUUGGGUUAACCAGAAUUACACCGUAGGGAUAUGCUGGACAGACACUGCAUCGCAACAAGCAACAGGGAUACAGGCACCAACAGGAAAAGGAAAUCGACUGAUUAUUCUCCAUGCAGGAACAAAAGAUGGUUUUGUUGAAAAUGCAGAAUUAGUUUUUCAAGCUAAGAACGAUGGAGACUACCAACAUCAGAUGAAUUCUGCUGUAUUUGAAGAAUGGUUCAAAAACCAGUUGCUGCCAAACAUCGCACCCAACUCCGUAAUCGUUAUGGACAAUGCCCCUUACUAUUCUGUGAAGAUAGAAAAACCGCCAACAUCGUCCUGGAGAAAAGCCGAUAUAAAGGACUGGCUCGUGAACAAGGGUGCUCAGCCCAGUGAUGAAUUAUUGAAAAGGGAGCUCUAUGCAAUGUCAAAGACAUACUUCACUGGCAAUAAGUAUCGCAUUGAUACAAUUGCAGAGGAGGCAGGGCAUGAAGUUGUCAGAUUACCGGCCUACCACUGCUUUUACAACCCUAUUGAACUCAUCUGGGGCCAAGUGAAAUCAUAUGUUGCCCAGAGGAACACAUUCAAAUUGGCAGAGCUGAAACCUCUUCUUAAGAGGCCAUGA